GUCAACAAUGUAGCGAUUGAGAGUGUGGGCGUUCCGGGGAGAGCGCGAGCCGCGCGGCGAGGAGCAAACAGCGCCGAGCCGCCGCCGCCUCAGCAGCAGCAGCAGCAGCAGCAGCAGCGACCGUGCGCGCCCGGGCUGCGGCCGCAGCAGCGCUAACGUGAGCGCCCGCCGCCGCCCUCACCACCCCGCCUGCCUACUCCCGCUGCCGCCGGGCUCUCGCUUUCUCCCCGGCCUCCCCUCGACCCUUCCCCUCCCCCUCCUCGGCACACUCGGGGGGCUGGGAACGAGCUGCCAUGUGAUGCGCGUCCUCUCCGCGAGCUUUCGGUGACCCCCGAACCGCCCACCGCGCCGGCUGCCGGGAGGGGGCUGCGGGCUGGGAGGACGCGGGGAAGAGGAGGCGGAAAAGGACGCAAAGUUCUCUGGCGAGUGCAGCUGUCUGCUUUGGGAAGUGAGGUGUACAGGAACGAGGAGAAUCUUCAAGAGCUGACUCGCGUUGUGACAUGUCUGAUCCCUCGCUCCAGUCCCUGCAGCAUGAACAAGGUGGACACUCACUGACCUGUCAUAAGGUUGCCCCACAAAGCUUUGGGGUCCAUGUCUGAAUGGAUUGCUGUAGCCUUCUCAUCUCUCCCUUCGCCCAGUUCCCUGCAUCCUAAGACUCGAAGCCAGCACAGGACCUGGAAAAAUUACAUGGUGUGAACGGCAUGUCUGUGGAUGAGAAGCCUGACUCCCCCAUGUAUGUGUAUGAGUCCACAGUCCACUGCACCAACAUCCUCCUGGGCCUCAAUGACCAGCGGAAAAAGGAUCUUCUCUGUGAUGUGACUCUGAUCGUGGAGAGGAAGGAGUUCCGGGCCCACCGGGCUGUGCUGGCGGCGUGCAGUGAAUACUUCUGGCAGGCGCUGGUCGGACAGACAAAAAAUGACUUGGUCGUCAGCUUGCCUGAGGAGGUCACAGCCAGGGGCUUUGGGCCGCUGUUACAGUUUGCCUACACCGCCAAGCUGUUACUCAGCAGAGAAAACAUCCGCGAGGUCAUCCGCUGUGCCGAGUUCCUGCGCAUGCACAACCUGGAGGACUCCUGCUUCAGCUUCCUGCAGACCCAGCUCCUGAACAGCGAGGAUGGCCUGUUUGUGUGCCGCAAGGACACUGCGUGCCAGCGCCCACACGAGGACCAUGAGAACUCCGCGGGAGAGGAAGAGGAGGAAGAGGAAGAGAGGAUGGAUUCAGAGACUGCCAAGAUGGCUUGCCCCAGGGACCAGAUGCUUCCAGACCCCAUCAGCUUUGAGGCUGCUGCCAUCCCAGUAGCGGAAAAGGAAGAAGUUUUGCUGCGCGAGUCCGACGUGCCGACGGACACCAAGGAGAGCUCCGAAAAGAACGCGUUAACGCAGUACCCCAGAUACAAGAAAUACCAGCUUGCAUGUACCAAGAAUGUCUACAAUGCAUCAUCACACAGUACCUCAGGUUUUGCAAGCACAUUCAGUGAAGAUAACUCUGGCAGCAGCCUCAAGCCGGGGCUUGCCAUGGGGCAGAUUAAAAGUGAGCCACCCAGUGAAGAGAACGAGGAAGAGAGCAUCACGCUCUGCCUGUCCGGAGAUGAGCCUGACGUCAAGGACAGACCGGGGGAUGUCGAAAUGGACCGGAAACAGCCCAGCCCCGCCCCUGACCCCGCCCCGCCUGCCGGGCCCGCCUGCCUGGAGGGAGCCCGGAGCGUGUCCUCUCCCUCCUGUCUAAGGUCUCUGUUCAGCAUAACAAAAAGUGUGGAGUUGUCUGGCCUGCCCGGUACAUCUCAGCAGCACUUUGCCAGGAGUUCAGCGUGCCCUUUUGACAAGGGCAUCACUCAGGGUGACCUUAAAAGUGACUACGCCCCUUUUCCGGGGAAUUAUGGACAGCCCCACAUGGGCCAGAAGGACUCGUCCAACUUCACCAUGGGGUCGCCCCUCAAGGGGCCUGGGUUGGAGGCUCUCUGUAAACAGGAAGGAGAGCUGGACCGGAGAAGUGUGAUCUUCUCCUCGAGUACUUGUGACCAAGUGAGCACUUCAGUGCAUUCGUAUUCUGGGGUAAGCAGUUUGGACAAAGACCUCUCUGAGCCGGUGCCAAAGGGUCUGUGGGUGGGGGCUGGCCAGACCCUCCCCAGCUCACAGGCCUACCCCCACGGUGGGCUGAUGGCUGACCACUUGCCAGGAAGGAUGCGGCCCAACACUAGCUGCCCGGUGCCAAUCAAAGUCUGCCCUCGCUCGCCCCCCUUGGAGACCAGGACCAGGACUUCCAGCUCCUGCUCCUCCUAUUCUUACGCAGAGGACGGCAGCGGGGGCUCGCCCUGCAGCCUCCCUCUCUGUGAGUUCUCCUCCUCGCCCUGCUCCCAGGGAGCCAGAUUCCUUGCCACAGAACAUCAGGAACCAGGCCUGAUGGCAGAUGGAAUGUACAACCAAGUUCGACCCCAAAUUAAAUGUGAGCAGUCUUACGGAACCAACUCCAGCGACGAAUCCGGAUCGUUCUCGGAAGCAGACAGUGAGUCGUGUCCUGUGCAGGACAGGGGCCAGGAGGUCAAACUUCCCUUUCCUGUAGAUCAAAUCACAGACCUCCCAAGGAACGAUUUCCAGAUGAUGAUUAAGAUGCACAAGCUAACCUCAGAACAGUUAGAGUUCAUUCACGAUGUCCGGCGGCGCAGCAAGAACCGCAUCGCGGCCCAGCGCUGCCGCAAGAGGAAACUGGACUGUAUUCAGAAUUUAGAAUGUGAAAUCCGCAAACUGGUGUGUGAGAAAGAGAAGCUGUUGUCAGAGAGGAAUCAGCUGAAAGCGUGCAUGGGGGAGCUGUUGGACAACUUCUCCUGCCUCUCCCAGGAAGUCUGCCGAGACAUCCAGAGCCCCGAGCAGAUCCAGGCCCUGCAUCGGUACUGCCCUGUCCUCAGACCCAUGGGUCUCCCCACAGCCUCCAGUAUUAACCCUGCGCCCUUGGGUGUCGAGCAGAACCUUGCUGCCUCCCAGUGUGCGGUGGGGGACAGUGUGCCCUGCUGCUUGGAGCAGGGCGCAGCUCCCCCUGGCCCGCCCUGGGCACCCAGCAACGCCUCAGAGAAUUGUACUUCUGGGAGGAGGCUGGAAGGCCCUGACCCUGGAACCUUCUCAGAGAGAGGACCUCCCCUUGAACCCAGGAGCCAGACAGUGACUGUGGACUUCUGCCAGGAAAUGACUGAUAAGUGUACAACUGACGAACAGCCCAGGAAAGAUUAUACUUAGUGACUCAGCCUGCCUCCCGGUUCUCACACCUCCCCCACCCAGGUGUUCUGUGGUCAGCCUGUGGCGCUGUUCAUCUGUCGUCUGAAGAACCAAGAAGGAAUUUGGUGCACACUACAGAGGUCUUAGCAGCAAUACUGUUUCUAAGUAUUCCCUCCUCUCUUCAAGCAGGAGUGAUAAAUAGUUACCUUCACAAUGGUGCUACCCCUUGCUCAGGCAAGGAAAGACAACAGUGAUGACACUGUCUGUCUGUGGGUUAAUUUCAAUCUUAACAGGGAUAGACUAAACACCUCUAGGACCCAACCACGGAUUUUUUUUCUCAGUGGCCCAUGUCACAAACCCUAUCUCAGGAAUUUCUUCUGAAUGUUCAAUUUUUUUCAUUGAAGACAGCUUCUAUACACAUCAAAGUUUUAUAGCUAGACUGUACAUAUUAUAUAUAAUAUAUAUAUAAAAUAUAUAUAUCUCUCCAUAUGCAAAAGUCCUGCAUGCCUCAAUUUUCUCAUCCUAAAACUGGAAACUUCAUUUCUCAUUGAUAAACAGGUUUCAACAUUCCUCUUCUUUUGUCUCUGAGGCUAGAACUAGUUUCGUAACUGUCAUGGUCAUUUUUCUUGCUUCACAGUUCAAUUUCACUUUGUACUUAUUUAUGAAUAGAAGUCAAUGUUGGAAGCUUUUUUUGAGGUUUUACUUCAGGCCUUUUUUUUUGUUUGGUUUGGUUUUGGCACCAUCCGCUGGUGCCAUGUGAGUAUUGUGGGUUUGUGUUUUUCUCGCAGAUACUGUACAGUCAUGGUCAACUCUGCCACUUGCACUGAGUUUUGGGUCAAACCUAUUUUCUUAAAUGAAGUUGUAACUUCAGUAUAGCUCAAAUAUACUGUAUAUUCUUUGCUUUUAGUUAAAAAGUAAAACAUUUUAGCUAAUUAAAAAGCACUCAGGUGAUAAUUAUGUAGGAAAAACAAUCUUGCCAAAUAAUGAAUUCAUCCUAGGAUGUAUAGACAAUAAACUGCUUGAAUAUUUUUAUAUUUCACCUCCUCCCCACCCUUCCCUAAGCAAAGUUGAAAUGCAGUUCGUGAGUUCAAAGUUGAUGCCGGAUGUUCAGAUUCCCGAGUGGGGAGAGAGUUUGGACGUCUCACUCAAAAGUGCAUCCAAACAGCAGGAAUUCCUGAUUUUACACCAGAGCUCAGCAGGCAUCGGCUCCUAGAAAUCGAGUUAGAACCGUGUGCUCACGCAGGGAGUAAGUCCCAUUCAUUUCAGCACUUCCUGGAGCCUCUGCUUGCUCCUGGAAGUGUCGUGCUGUAGGACCUUCUCCUUUGAAGGACUUGGCUGACCAGCCACCCAGCUUCCCUGCCCAGGACCAGCCUCCCAGGACAUCUCGCCUGAGGGCAUUUGAGAGGCAGCCCUGGGAGUCCUGCCUCUAAGGGGAUCAGUGCAGCUCACCCAGAGUAGGAGAGAGCAGGGCAGAUGUGAGCCUGAGGUCUGUUCCUGAUGCACGCGGAAACAUUUCUUUCUCCUUUCCUUCUCCAGAUGCUUUGAGUUGAAUUCUGAGGUUUUUCCACCGGUCUUUUGUCCAAAGGCAAAUUUCAUUCCAGGCUUUGGACAAGAUAUGGCCAGGAGGCCUCCCUCCCCCCUGCCCCCACUACACACACCUACCCUCACCUGAUGAUAAUUUUCUUCUCUUGCUGCAAAACUGGUUGGCUUGCAACCCACAGAGCAGCUUCCGUUGGCUCUGGGGGCAUGUUGGCCCCUGGCACGUUUACAGGAAGGUGUGCCCAGAUCCCGCAGCCACAAAGGAGGAGGAACCAGCUCCCUCCCUCCCGUGGGCCCUCCAGCCUGGCUUGGGGAGAGUCCCAGAUGAAUGGUUUGAUGUGGGGAUGGGGUGGUGGGCAGUGGGGACUAGAUGGUUGACUUUGUUUCUUUAUUUGUGCCAUUGUUUGGACAAUAUUAAAGCUGCAUGUAAAAGGGGAAAUUAGUAUAUGAUGUAGGCGAAAAGUGAAAUCAUAGUAACAUAUGUUUUAGUAUUAUUAACUUUUUUCUGUACAAAUAUUAGCGCUAAAUGUUUAAAUAUGUAUGGAUGCCAGAAAUUUGUUGGAUCAUGCGGUAGGAUUUUUUUUUUUUUUAAAGGCUUUUCUUUUAAAAUAGCUCCACUUUUAAAACCUGCCUCUGGGUUUUUGUUCUUUCUCAUGUGUGUAUGUACGUGUGUGUGCCUGUCUGAGACAGAUUUUGAUAAAGCUCUGUGUGAGAGCCACCGUUUUUGUUACGGUUGUUGGAAUUUCUUGGCCCAGGAGAAGGGUUCUGUGCUGCACCGUGAGGUUUGCCUCCAUGGGAAACUGGUGACAGCUCGAAUUCAGACUCAAUGUGAAUCACCUGAUACAUCACAGGUAUGUGUUACGGUGGAGAGUCAGCCAACAGUAUUUUGUUUUUAACUCUCUUGUUGCCUUUUUUAAGUGACCUCCUCUUCUUUUAAAAAAAAAAAAAACGAAUGUUUUCUGCUCAUAUCAUAACCAGGUCCAAACCAGCUUGUUGGCGUGAUUUACCCUGGUGACAACUCAUGUGCAACUGGUAGUCUUGACCACAUUCCGUCCGCUCCCCUUUCUGUUGUUGGGUCCUUGCACACCUGCCCGGCAGCCGUUUCCGGGUGGGGAGGGGUCUCUUUAUUUCUCUCCACCCUAACCCAGCCCACAUCCUCCUCCCACCAACCCCCACCUCGCUUUUCUUCCUCUUCCCCCACCAAACCCCUGCGGUGGGAACUGGUUAAAAACACUGCUCAAAAGACUCUUUCGAUUUCUGAGAGAUAUUUUAACAAGUUGUUGUUAUUUUGUUCACUAUCUACCAAGAACAGCGACUGGCUUUGUGCAAUUGUUUAUGUGACGCGUCUUUGUGUUUACUACUCUGAACCAUGUGUUUGUCAAAAUUAUUUCUGGGUUGAUUCAAAGGGAGGACUAGCUGGGGGCCAGAAUCCAAAUGGCCUCAAGUGGAGCCCGUCUCCUUUCUCUGGGAUCCCUUGGCGAAGCCCAUGUCUUUUAUGAUAAAGAAAAGCAGUAAACAGCAAGGGAUAGUGUUUGCACAGCAUGUUGACAUUUAGUUGUGUUUUUAAGAGUCGUUCCUUACAAAAAUAAAGGACCCUCCAGCCAUGGACUGUUUAGGAAUCUCCAGGUAGCCAGGGCAGCAUGCUUUAUAGGGACACGGACAGUGGAGGUGGCCGUGGGGCUAAUUAACAUCCGCCUGAAUCUAGUCCUCCCCUUGAUCUGCCUUUGCUCUGCUUCUGUCUCCAGACAACCUCCCUUGUUCAGGUUGCUCAGGCUGCGGGCAGGUGAGUGUUUUGCUGUAUGUGUCUGUUUCUCUGCGUUAUCUGGGGGUGCCUUGAAUAAAAUCAAACUUCAAGACAUACUGAUUCUGGAACAAAACAGUUGCAAAAACAAACAAAAGAGCUGGCAAAGUUCCUGGGCCAACCUGCCACUUCUCCUCCGGGUUCCCGAAUAAUGACUCAGGCGUCAGAGGUGAUGCUGCAGUAGAAACGUUAUUUUGUGUAUUGUACAAGUAAUUUAUUAACUGUCUUUCUAAAGGUAUGCUGCUUUUAAGAUGCACUAUGAUUUGGGAUUUAAUCCUUGUGUUGCUUUCCCAAGGAAGUAAAAAAAGGCUAGUGAUUGCUAUGCCAACUGCCCCUUCUCCUUAAAAAGGAGGGCAGGGACCAGCUCCAGGACUUGCAGCGAGGACUGCUGAAGUCAGGGGCGCAGUGUGACGGGCAGUGCGGUCAAGAGGUCUAAACCUACACUUUCUCUUUUAAUACUUUAUGAUUGCCAUUAAAGAAAAAGAAACAAAUAAAAUUAUAAACCUUUCAAGAAACCGCCUGGUCCUGCCCCUACGAGCUGCUCCACGUGCUAUGGAGGAGCCUAAUCCUCUCAAAAUGAGGACAAGCCUACAAGGCUCUUUCAAACCCCGAUCUGGCUACCUGUCUCUAUACAUUACACCCCAUUUGAAGUAGGAGCUGCUUAAUAAAUGACUUCAAACUGCUCCACUCUUGCUUAUAGUUUUGGAGGAGUCACAGAUCCAGAAGGAGGAAGAAUCAAGUUUUGUCCUCAAAUCACUGUAAAUAGACUAAGGAACUUUUUUUUUUUUUUUUUUAAGAAUAAAGCUGUUCACUGUGUGAUGAGUUAGUGUUUCUUCGCAAAAUCGAGGAUUUCGUUGUAGGUUCAGUCCCUGCCAAGUCAGUCCACAGCACAACGCCCUGUGUGGGGUCGGUGUUCGUGCAGACCAUCUGUGUGUGUGGAGGCAUUCUGUGUUCAAGCUGCGUGUUUGCAGUACUGGCCGAGCCAUCUCAUGACCCAAGCAUCAAAGACUGAUGCUGUAGAAUAGAAUAUAUCUGUGCACAGAUAGUGUGUGCAAAUAGUAUUUGUACAUAGAAAAGACCUAUGGUGGCAGAUUGAGGAUAAAUUAUUCAACUGACGGUGCAAAAACAUUUCUUGCAAAGAAAAGUAAGUGUAUAGUAUUUUCCUACACUCCACCCUGGGAGAUAAUAUUUAUAUCAAAUGAAUAUCAGUGCAUUUUGAUUGUGAUAUGAAAAUGAUGCUGCCAUUUUGUGAAGAAUACCCACUUGGUUGCAGAGGCCCACUUUCGUAGAUGUGAUUUAAUGUUGUGACGUGGUGUAUGCAUUUUACUCUCAAGCAAUGGAUAAGCGACUCUGGCUUUCAUUUUCAUUCCACUUUAUUGACCUCAGAUAAAACAGUGGCCCUCCUUAGAAGCAGAAGUGCACCGAGACCAUUCAUUUCAGGUAGACCCGCGUUCAGUGCCAAAUGCUCCCAUAGGGAUGAUGGACAUCUUUAUCAGGAAAGAGUGAAGGGACUUCAACAAAGAGGGUUUUUCCUACAGAUUGAUGCUAAGUCUUCUACCAAAACAUGUCUGGAGGCAGAGGAGUGACCCCUUGAGUCCUAACAAUGCAUUUUGCAUGUGUCAAUGCUGGGGUGCCCAUUCACACUCUGUCAUAAAAGACCUGCCACUAGCAGUGAGUGAUCAGGAAGAUUCCAGUGCAUCCGGGAGCUUUGGGUGCUGGUUACACACAGUGAGCCAUGCGAGGCAAGCACCACCUUUGCUUGUGAGGCCAAAAGGGCCUGUGAGAAUUUGUUCCAGAACCAGUCUGAUGCAAGUGCACCUCUAAUAAAUGCCUUACAAACUCCAGAGGCCAUAUUCAAAACAGGGUCUUCUCAGUGUAUGCAAGGGGCUGCAGCCCCUCCUCUCUUCCUCCCCAGGUCGAACAAUACGGACAGUUUCACACAUAUCUACCUGUAUAACCCUCUGUACCUCUCAUAACUGGUCAACGACUGUAACAGGUUACAUCAGGUGUUUUUCUACAUACUUUUUACACAGAUUCUAUGCGAUUAAUGUAACUUAAUUCAGUGCAUCAUUUUAUUGUACUAGUUCUUAGGCUUGUCUUUUUUUUCUAAGUGAUUGUGGUUUUUCUUGUGGUUUUUAUUGUAAAAAUGAAAUGGCUGUUGAUGCUUAUUCUCUGUAACUAAGAAUUUUUACCUUUUUGGGAAAAAAGCAUUGCUAUGAACUAAUGAAUUGAAACUUCAUUUACUCAUUGUAAAUACACUAUUGUGCAAAAAAAAAAUUUUCACUCAGUUGAAUUGCUAGUGUUAACUGAAUUUUGUCUAGACACCAUUUCUGUUGAUGAAAUAAAGACAUAUCAUUAUGCAUUGUAAACUGA